CGUUCUGUCUCACAGCUACACGAGUAUCAGUGGCAGCGGGAGCGUGUAAAUGUUGAGUUUGUGAGAUAAAAGAACAGCACUUGUGAUUGUGUAGGUGAAUUAGCCUAGCUUCACACUACGAGGCUGCAUUAAGCUCUUAUUUAGAUGCAGCAGUGAGAUAGGAGGCUUUUCAGCUUCGCAAAAGCAGAAAACAGGUGCUUGUUUUUGAGCCUUUUUUUCUUGGAGAUAAGGACAGAAAAGGUCUGAAGAUGGUGGCGAUGACCAAGAGAAUGAAGGUCUUCGAGAUCGCCUUCAACGAUCCGUCCAAGACCUUCUACAGCAGUGGAGAUAAAGUGGCCGGGAAGGUGCUGGUGGAGGUGGCCGAGGUGACCCGGGUGCUGGCAAUGAAAGUGCUGGGCAUCGGCUGUGCCAAGGUGGAAUAUGCCAAGGGAAAGCAGAGGUGCAGGGAGGAGAUUGACUACCUGAAGUACGAGGAGGUGGUCCACCUGGAUGAUCAGCCUGCAGAUACUGAUGGCUCAGUCAUCCUCCGUCCUGGGAACAAAUAUGAAUACUCCUUUGGCUUUGAGCUUCCACCUGGGCAACUGGUGUCCUCAUACAAAGGCAAGUUUGGAUAUGUGCAGUACUACGUGAAGGCCCUGAUGGAGAGGCCCUCUCAGCCUGCCCUGGAGUGCAAGAAGCACUUUGAGGUGGAGGAACCGAUCGAUGUGAACACCCCAGACCUCCUGUCUCCAACAGGUGGUAUGAAGGAGAAGAAAGUCACCUGCAUGUUCAUUCCUGAUGGCCAAGUUUCCCUGAAUGCCAAGAUUGACAGAAGGGGCUUCUGUGAAGGCGAGGACAUCUGCAUUGACGCAAAGUUCGAGAACACCUGCUCAAGGAUUGUGGUGCCUAAAGCCGCCAUUGUGGCCAAGCACACAUACCAGGCCACUGGACGCACCAAGGUCUUCCGGCAGAAGCUGUCCUCAGUUCGGGGCAAUCACAUCAUCUCGGGCAUGUGCGAUGCUUGGCAGGGGAAGACCAUCCGUGUGCCCAAGAUCAAACCAUCCAUGCUUGGCUGCAACAUCAUCCGUGUGGAGUAUGCUCUCAUGAUCUACAUGCACAUCCCAGGCAGUGAUAAGCUGAUACUGGAGCUUCCACUUGUCAUCGGUACCGUGCCCUACAACGGCUUCGGCAGUCGAACAAACAGCGUGAGCAGCCAGGAGGGUUCAGUCAGCACAUCUUCGGCCAGCUGGGUGUCCUUGCGUAUGCCGUCCUCUGCUCCUCCAAGCUACUGCGACGUGACCCGUGACUGCAGGCUUGACCAGCCUCUCACACCCCUGCUGGAUGACUACGAUGGUGGGGACAGUCCUAUCUUCAUGAACGCUCCACACUUCCAGUUCCCUCCCCUCCCUGCUUACUCAGAGGUGGAGGAAGAAUACAACGGCAAUGCUCGUAUGCUUCCAGUGUGUUGAGGAGCUCUGCACCUCCAUGACUGAAGCCCAUUAAUUAACUGGCCCGUUUCUACUCUUGGCUCUUAAAUAUUUCACCAUUCAGGAACUGAAAUGUGAGCUGUUGAGAGGUCUUCUCAGGGCUGAGGAAUACCCUUAGGUCCAAAGAAAGGCAAAGUUCGGAGAAAGAGGGUCCGCAGUCGCAGGUUUCCUGGGUGUGCUGUUGGUGGCCAUCUUGCAAGUCUUUCUGGGUGCGAUGUGGGACUGCUUUCAUUUCACGACUUGAUGGAGCACAUGCACUCUUUCGCCCACACAUUUUACACACUGUCGAUGUGUAUGAGCUGCUUCCUGCUGAGACAUGAAGUGGACUGUUGCGUAUCAUAGCCAUAUAGUCACUCCAAGACUCCCCUCCAACAUGGAGGAAGCACUUUUCCAAAAGUUUCCAGCAUAUUACUGAUUAGCUUCUAGCCUUUUUGGCUGACUUUUAUUUGUUACUAAUCAUUCCAUUAGAAGCCUCAGUUUGAGGAUCGUUGGUAGAGGAACCAUCUGUUAACAUGCUGUAUCAUUCAUUUUGUUUUGUAUUUUGUUGAAUUUGUAGAAGCAGGUAAACUUAGUCAGAGAUGGAAAUGGAAUGGAAGGUCCGUGUGAGAUACUGCAUGUUUUUGCCUCAGGGUAUGAAGGGAACGUCAUGCAGAGUUAAUUUAUCUUUAUCGAUCAGUGUUUUAUAAUGCUGUUUCUUCUAUAAUGCACUUUCUUAUGGAUGCAACGUGACAUGUAACUGCCUACAGGGACAGUUUCCUAUGUUAAGCCUGUUCAUGUUUCAACCCUAGUCUUCCAGUUCUUUUUCUCAGUGUAAUAUUUUGCAGCUGAUAUAAAGAUCAAGCUUGGACCUUCCACUGUAUUGCAUUCAAAACCUCAUGUUAAUCAAGGGCUCCGUUCAAGUGCAUCAUCUAUGUGAAUGUGGGCUGCAUUGGGGAGCCAACAGAGAAUGUGACACUAAAAGUGCCAAAACAGUGGUGUAUGUGGGCCCCAACGUCCUGUUCAACAUCAGGAUCUGCACUGUGCAUAAAUAUUUUCAAUGUGACUGUUUUCUUUCUUAAGAUGACAUUUCAUGAUUGAAGACACUUUAUGGUGCUCUUCCUGUUUUUGUUGUGUAUGUGUAUUUGACUUUAAUGUAAGACUGAUCUAUGGCAUGGUUUUGCAAUGCAUCUUUUGUAUGUGUAUAUAAAUAUGGUUUUGUAUCUAAAACCCUAUGGGUUUGUUUUCAAUAAAAGUUUGAAAAAUUUA